AUGGACGAUUCUAAAAUCAAUUAUCUUUACAAAAUUCUUCCUUCAUCUCAUGUUCUUCCACCACUUUCUUCUUCAGAAACACCAAUUACAUUAACCAUUUUAGAUAAGAAAGAUGGGUUUAUACAUCUUUCAAAUUCUAUACAAGUUUUACAAACAGCAAUUAAAUUUUUUGGUAAUGAAGAUGAAAUUCUAGUAUUAAAAAUACCUUAUAAAAAAGGUAUAAAAGAAAAUAUUAGGUGGGAAUUUCCACCGGGAACUGUUCAAGAAUAUUUUCCUCAUUUAUAUGGGGAUUUAUUAAGAAAAUAUGUUAUAAAUAUUGUUAAAGUAAAGAACCUUAGACAAGAUGAUAAUACUAUUGAGGGAUUCGAGUGGCCUGAAGGAUGGUUAGAAAUGUGA